AUGAAUGGAAUAGCCGAGAGAUUAAAUAGGACGCUCAUGGAUCUAGUGAGAUCAAUGCUCAAGGACGCGAAAGUUCCACAAAAGUUCUGGGCCGAAGCCGUAGUGACGGCCGCAUAUAUCCGCGACAGAAUUGGACACUCGUCGAUUAAAGGAGAGAUAUCAGAUUGGAUAUCAAUAUGGACCGAUACAAAUAUAAGCGCAUAUAGUCAGAGAGCGACAGUGAACCGGAGUCAGACUACGUCACGACACUUCAGCGCAACUAUGAGAAUAGACGAAGAACGACGAAUCACGAACAACGUCGGAAAACUCAUCAGGAAACUCAUCGGACGACAUAAAGAACGCUGCCAGAGCAAAACAGACAAUGGAGGCGGAGAACAAACGCCAAGAGAAAAGAAAAGCUGGCAGAUCUAA